AUGGCUGUCAAGCACAAGAAAUGUAAUAAAAUUGCGACCAUGGACGAGACAGACGAAGAUGACCGCACGCAAGAGCUCCUUGCACUGCAAGCAAUAUUCCCUGACGAGCUCACCCACAACACUUCCCCAGCAGUUUCGGCCCAAUUCAAUCUUUCCAUAGCCCUUACAACUCCUAUACGUAUCGAGUCGGACACACUGGACGAAGCCCAGGAAGACCCCUAUCAGGAUCUCUUAUUCCACCUCCCUCCACUCCAAGUAGACAUUCAACUCCCAGCAGGAUACCCUGGCACCGAUGCUCCCAUCAUACGCCUCAGCACAUGGCCACUAUGGAUCCCCCAACCGACACUGACACAGCUCGAAGAGGCGAUCGUACCGAUGUGGGAAAGCUACGGACGCUCUGCCGUACUCUUCUCCUACAUCAGUCAUCUCCAAGAGCUGGCGCAGGAUGCGUUCGGCUUGGGGGGAUCACAUUCUAUUUUGAAAGUCUCCUCUUUCAUUGCUCAAUCACUGAUCAGUUAUAACAACGAGGCCGAGCGGAAAGAAUUCGCAACGCACACGUAUGAGUGCAGUAUAUGUCUUGAUCCCAAGAUGGGAUCUGCGUGCUAUCGAAUCGAAAGCUGCGGGCAUGUAUUCUGCACGAAGUGCCUUAUCGCUAUGUUUACCCGGAGCAUCGAGGAGGGCAAUGUCCAGCAGGUGGAAUGUCCAUCGACAGGCUGCUGGGUGGAAGACGUGAAAGCGAAGCACGUCGGCGGCCGACGACGACGACGGAAAACAAGAUUCCUCACGCCCAGCCAGCUGCUUCGCCUGGGGCUGAGGCCGGGACUCGUCCGCCGCUACGUGAAGCUCAAACUCAAGAAAGCGAUGACUGUCGACGAGACAACCGUCUGGUGCCCGCGACCGUGGUGCAACGGCGCAGCGCGAAACGCAAAGUACCCUCUCUUCAAAGACCACGCAGACCUGAGCGAUUUCGACGACGUCUUCAACGACGACGGGACGAUAAAUCCAUUCAGCGCACAGCUAUCUCUCGAUCCCGUAGCUUCUUCGAAAGGGAACAACAGUAAGCUCCGGCUCGCCAUCUGCCAGGACUGCGACUUCGCGUUCUGCAGACUCUGUUGCAUGAGCUGGCACGGCGACCUCGCGAAAUGCAUGCCGCAGGAAGUGGUGAAGCUGCCCAGGACAGAGCAGGAGUCGUAUCGAUAUAUCCAGGCGAACACGACGCUGUGUCCGCAGUGCAAGCAUGCAUGUCAGAAGACGGCUGGGGUUUUGUUAUAUUUGUUCGUCGAGGAUGAGCGGUGGGUUGGCGUCGCAUCAUUGUGCGCGUGUCAAGUCGGUGACGAAGUGGUGAGGCGUUUGACUACGGCGAUUGUGUUACAAUUCUUGCCGAAUGUCAAGGGCACGACAAGGCGUAUUUUCUCUUGUCUGGCUGUCUAG